CCCGCCUCAGCAUCCCAAAGUGCUGCAGUAACAGACGUGAGCCACCAUGCCUGGUCAGAACAAGACAGCAUGGACUUAAAAGUGGAGUCUGAGACACACUUUGGCAUUGCCCACACUCGCUGGGCCACCCACGGGGUCCCCAGUGCUGUCAACAGCCACCCCCAGCGCUCGGACAAAGGCAAUGGUAGUGAAUCGGGUUGUGGAUCUUCCAUGAAAAUCUCCCACUGGGACUAACUCAAGUUCAUUUUGGGAAAACAGCUCAAGCCUAGAGAAAGAAUUGAAAUCAGAAAAAAAGCAAAGACAAGCUCUUUAGCACGAAUUACAGCACGAGAAAGACACUUCCUCUCUACUCAGAACAGAGCUACAACAAUGGAAGGAUUGCAAAAGGCAGAGGAACCCACCAAGGAAAAAGGUGUGUAUUCUGAAGCACUCCUUUGCUAAGGAAAGAUCUUCGGUGUGGCAACUGGUGGCAAUUCCUAGCUUUUUUCCUCCUAGCUCCCACUGAGGAUCACCUGGAAGACCUCUGCAAUCUCUGCUCACUGGAAACCGUGCCUCCUGGGGAGCCACUUUUGCGGGAGAACUACUUUGGUUUGAGCUUCCUGACAGAAAUGAGGUCACAAUGAACAAACAAAAUCUGAUUGAGAGUCUAUGCCAAGCAAGGUGAUAAGGUGCUCAGAUAUUAGCGGCAGAAGUUCAAAGGCAGAAUUUCAGAAGAAGCCCCAGUGACCCUAGACUCCUAUUAACUGCCUUAUGGCCUGUCAGACGGAUCAGAGGAGGAUGAGAGGAGGACACAAGUUGGAAGCUAUGACGUGGGGCAUCCUAAGGUGGAUCUGUGAGUAGGACAUGAUGUUGGACAUCCAGCAAAAUAGUCUAGUCCUAGCCCUGCCUAAGUCCAGGAUGCUUAAGCUUCAUGUUAUGUUUUUGGGUUUUUUUUUUUUUUUUUGGUUCAUACUGUAAAAGAUUUUAACACAAUUUGUGAUUAAGACUUUUGCUCUCAAGUGUCAAAUAGUUUAUGCACCACAGGAAGUGUCUGCCAAUCAGAUAGUUUCAAUGGAAUUUUUUUUUUAAAAUUCAGUGCCUGUAAUCACCUCUAAGUACAAUCUUCUGCACAGUCUACUCUGGAAAGAAAACUUGAAAAAUGUUUAAAGAGUUGCAUUUUCAUAAAGCUAUUUACAAUUAAUGCCAACUAAGUAAAAUUCCUAAGUGUUUAAAUGUCAAGGUAAAGACAACGCUAUUUUGUCCUUCAAUUUUUAUAUGGUGGCUUGUGAAGUUUGAGUAGGAUAAAGAGAAAGAAUCUUUUAUUCCCAAAGGCUUUAAAACCCUGCUUUUAGUAGGCACUGUGUGCCUUGUUUUUGUAAUCUCAGGUUUUAUAGUCUCCUUUAUCAAUUGUAAAAGGUGUGGGAGGUGAGUUUAUAUCUUUCAGAAGGGACACUUGGGUCAACAGGUUGAAAGAAUUUUGAAAGUUAUUUGUAUCUUUGCCAGUAACCGCCUUGUGUGAGAAUCGCCAUAGCUGGUGUAUAAACUACCUUUGAAUAAGAGGCAGCAAAUGGAAUUUAUCAGGGGACAAUGGCCUUUGUUUAGAAGGAGUAACAAAAGAUGAAUAAAAGGACACAGUCAGUCUUCUGUGUUUAAGUGUCCCAUUUUUCCAGAUGAGAAAACGGAAUAAUAUUCAAUUUGAUCAUGUGCAGAGGCCUUGAGUACUUGAAGAAGAUAAAGAAAGAAGAGAAAUGAAAAGGAAGUAAAGCAACCAAUAUGUUCUUGAACUGUGACUUCAAGCCGCUGCAUUUAAAAAACAACCAUUACAUUUUGUGGGUAUAUCUGUGAGGCUUAUCUAUUAUGUGUGCAAACACAAUCUGAUUAAUUUUGUUAUAAGCUUAUCUUGUGUGCUUUUAUUACAGGCAUCACCUUCAGAUGUGGGGCCACUGCAGCUAUUAAAUCAGGAAUAUUUAGCUAUUAUUUGUAAUAAAUGUCAGCAGGGCUGAACUAAAGGCAGCAGGAAAUGUUCAGGGCAGAAAACACACUGACAUUCAUUCAUUCAUGCACAUUUGUACCACCGGUAGAAUUAAUCACAAAGAGGGAGGGCAGAGAAUGCAAUGCAUUUAUAUUACUGGUUUGGCCAAUUCUCUUCUUCCUGAAUAUGAGAGUUAUAAUGUACAGAAACCAAUCUGCUGACAAAUAGUCCCAUGUGAAGUGCAGGAAGCGAGAUUAACUCUCCCAAGCAGGCAUGUCUGGGUUUAUUGUAGACUGACCCUCUUGCCCACACUGUUCCUGGCCCUCUGAGGCAGCACUGUGGUGUCCUUUCUCCUCUCUAAAAAGAAUCUAGCGGCCAGCUCACCUCGGGAGAGCCGGCGGCGCGGCGGGCCUGGCUCGGGCGGCGUGGGGGCUGCUGUGGCUGCUGCUGGGCAGCGUCGGGGCGCAGCAGGAGAAGCACAGCUUCCCGGGCGUCCCGCACGAGGACCUGAUGCCGCCGGCCGCCGCCUGCGGGCACGCGCUGGAGCAGUACCAGGGCGCGAGUGGCGCGAGAGCGCGCGCUACCUGGAGGCGGCGCUGCGGCUGCGCCGGCUGCUGCGCGACAGCGAUGCCUUCUGCCACGCCCACUGCGGCGGGCCCGCGCCCGCGCCCACGCCCGGUCCCGACGGCGGCCGCGCGGACGAGUGGGCCCGCGAGCUGCGGCUCUUCGGCCGCGUCCCGGAGCGCGCCGCCUGCCCUACCAGUAACUGCACUACGCGCUUUCAAGGCUAACCGGCUGCAGGAGGCGGUGGCGGCGGCCUACACCUUCCUCCAGAGGAACCCGAAGCACGAGCUGACCGCCAAGUAUCUCAGCUGCUACCGGGGGAUGCUCCACGUCGCCGACGAGUCCCUCAUGGACCUAGAGGCCCAGCCCUACGAGGCUGUGUUCCUCCGGGCUGUGAAGCUCUGCAACAGCGGGGAUUUCUGCAGCAGCACGGAGGACAUGGAGCGGGCCCUGGCAGAGUACCUGGCGGUCUUUGCCCGGUGUCUGGCCGGCUGUGAAGGGGCCCAAGAGCAGGUGGACUUCAGGGACUUCUACCCGGCCAUCGCAGAUCUCUUUGCAGAGUCCCUGCAGUGCAAGGUGGACUGUGAGGCCAAUUUGACCCCCAAUGUGGGCGGCUACUUCGUGGACAAGUUCGUGGCCACCGUGUACCACUACCUGCAGUUUGCCUACUACAAGUUGAAUGAUGUGCGCCAGGCUGCCCGCAGCGCCGCCAGGAACAUGCUCUUCGACCCCAAGGACAGCGUCAUGCAGCAGAACCUGGUGUAUUACCGCUUCCACCGGGCUCGCUGGGGCCUGGAAGAGGAGGACUUCCAGCCCCGGGAGGAGGCCAUGCUCUACCACAACCAGACCUCCGAGCUGCGGGAGCUGCUGGAGUUCACCCACAUGUACCUGCAGUCAGAUGAUGAGAUGGAACUGGAGGAGACAGAACCACCCCUCGAGCCGGAGGAUGCCCCAUCUGACACCGAGUUUGAGGGGGAGGGUGACUACGAGAAGAGCAUCUAUGCUGACUGGUGGCAGGAGCCGGAUGCCAAGGGUGAUGAGGCUGAGGCUGAGCCAGAGCCUGAACUGGCAUGAGAAGGGGGCACCCCAUACCCCUCGAGCUGGGGAAGCCUGGGCCCCAUGGCCCCACCCUCACCAGCCUGAGCAGCAGCAAGAACUUUUUUUUUUUUUCUGAACAUCUUUCUUAAAUUAAUAGCAAGAACUAUUUAUUAAAAACCUAAGAUGGGGCCGGG